GACUUUCAACUAAUUUAAUUUUCAGUCAAUGCCAGUGUCUCGGUCACAAAAGUUAACCCAAUUUGCACAGCAAAGACAGAAGCAAAGCAAAAAGCAAAAAAAGGAAAAAAGGAAUAGAAACAGUUUCAGUAAACAUUCAAUUGUUCCAUGCAACAAUGUGGCCAAGACAUGCGACGAUGCAAGACACAAAACUCUGCGCAUGACACAGCCACCACGCCCACUUAACAGGCCAAUUAAAGUGCGCCCCCUAAAUGAUGCCCGAAACUGAACGCGACUCGUUGGUGGCAGCAGAAAUGAUCAGUGGUGUCUUGCCCCACGCUUAUGGCAGCAUCGUCAAGGAUAAGCAGCAGCAACAUCAACAUCAACAACAGCAGCAACAACAUCAGCAUCAACAGCAGUUGCAGCAACAUCAGCUACAGCUGCUGCAGCAACAGCAGGAGCAUCAUCAGCAGCUGCAAUCAUUGGAGCCAAUUCUCGCCACAUCGCCAUACAAUAUGGCUAUCAAUUCGUAUGUCUACAGCAGCUCACUGAGCAUACCUCCCACAUCGGCGGCGACCAUGGUCAGUCCCAGCAGCAAGGAGAAGAUGGUCAAUUUGUUGCGCGUGCGCGACAACAACAACAGCAGCAACAGCAACAACAGCAAUGGCAGCAACAGCAGCGUUAGUCCCAGUCCCAUCUCCGCCAGCAAUUCGCCAACAACGUUUCUGCAAAAGCAACUCGAGGCACCGCCCAGCAGUCGCCAAGCAGCGACAGCAGCAGCAGCAACAGCAUCACAACAGCAACAGCGACGCUCCAUGACGCCCUUUGGCAACAGCAUCAGCAACAGCAGCAGCCAAGCGGCUAGCUGGCAUCCACAUGUUUAUGCACGUCCGCCCAAUCGUCCCACGCCGCACUCCAUAGCCGACAUACUGGGCAUGGACACGGCCGAGAAGUUGGCGUACUUUGGCGCUGUUGCUGCUGCCUCAGUUACCGCCAACAGUUCGGCGACAUCACCAAAGAGCAUACUGCGCAGCAUUGAGCAACAGUAUGCGCAGCAGCCACAGGAGCAGGAGCAGCGCACACAUCGCAGCGCCUCGAUGAGCGAUGCCAGCGAAGAGGAGACGGCCGUGAAUGUGACAGCAACAGUUGCAGCAGUAGCAGCAGCAACCGUACCAACAGCGGUACCAACUCCGACAGCAACACCAACAGCAACUCCAUCAACUGCUGCACUCGAUCAGCCAUUGAAUCUGUGUGUGGCCAAAAAGUCGCGCGACAGCAACGCCUCAUCUCCGAUGCCGGCAGCCAGGCAGAACCAAGUGUUGGCCAAGACGACAGCCAGCAAUAAGAAGGAGAACUCGGGCAAACCGGCUGCGAAAAAGAAGAAACUAAUGUCUGGCAACACAUCCGCCGAUCUGCCGCCGGAUAUAAGUCCCAACACCAGCAGCGAUAGUCUAAUGCGAGAUCGUCUCUUGGCCAACAACAGUUCCCCGCAUAGUUCAACCCAAUUGAACAACAACAACAGCAGCAGCAUCAACAACAGCAAUCUGGAGACUACUGAGGAUGACUCUGAUUCGGGUUCAACGGAUGCCAGACGGAAGAAGAAAGCACGAACCACAUUCACGGGUCGCCAGAUCUUUGAGCUGGAGAAACAAUUCGAGAUUAAAAAGUAUCUCAGCUCUAGCGAACGCACCGAAUUGGCCAAGCUGCUAAACGUGACCGAAACACAGGUGAAAAUAUGGUUUCAAAAUCGACGAACAAAAUGGAAAAAGCAGGACAAUGUCACAAAUAACGAGGCUGCCGAGCACAAAUCGUCCAACAAACCGGCAGCAGCAGCAACCGCAACAACGGAGCAGCAGCAAGGCAAAACAAAUAGCAGCAGCAAUAGCAACAAUAAUAAUGUCAACGAUGAUGGUUCGAACUCUGCUUCGUUUACGGCCAAUGCUGUGGAAACAACUCCAAAAAAGUCGUCCAACGGCCAGACGGAGAAGCAUCGUGGUAAUAGCAGCAGCAACAACAACAAUAAUAAUAACAACAUCAGCAACUCUAACAACAACAAUAAUAAUAACAAUAGCAGCAGCAAUAACAACAAUGUGUUAGCUGCAGCCAAAAAUAAUGUCGAAAGCAAAUUGCAAACAAAGCACUCGACGACAAAAAUUAAAAAACAAUUGCUAGAGAAGACCUCAAAAGCCACAACAAACAGUCCGACAACCAAUGGCACGGGCAGCAGCAAUAAUCCCAGAGAAUCAGCGACAAUUGCUGGCAGCAACAGCAACAGCAGCAACAACAACAACAAUAUCAAUAGUAGCAGCAACAACAAGACAACAGAGAAGCGCAACACCAACAACAAUAACAUAGGAGAAGCAUUUCAUCACCAGCAUCAGCAUCAACAUCAUCAUCAUCGACUGCAUCAACAUGCCAUACCAUUAACAGUGGAGCCGGCGGCACCAUUGGAGCAAACUGAGAAGCUGGACAUCAAGCUGGAGGAGUCGCCAGCGUUGAGUCUGCAACGUGUUGCAGCUGCAGCAGCAGCAGCGGCGGCAGCUGCCUCGUCAUCGUCAUCAUCGGGGCAGCAGGAGAAUGGUCACAGCCCACAGGCGACGGAAAUGGAUUUCGAGAGUAAAUUGGCUGCCUCAAAGAUAUUGGCCAUGGCCAAUAACAAGUUGCAAGUGAAUGCUGUCGAUGCGCAGCUGAAAACCGAAAGCGAAUCGGAGGAUGAGGAGACGGCCAGCGAUCCAGGCACUUCGACAGAGGCGCAGGAUUCGCAGGAUCAUGAUGUGCAGAUGCGUGAGAUUUAAGAGAAGCCUCCUCGCAAGUUCUCUUUAUCCCCCACUUUCUCACCCCACACCCCACAACCAACACACAUAGCCAGUCAAAUUAAAACUUGUGCCAAAAAGUCGAAUAUUGCUCAAGCACACGUUGUGUGUGCUUGUUAGUCUUAGGCAUUUACAUACUAUAUAUUUAUGUAAUUUAUUGAAUCCAUGCAUACACACCACAUACAUAACUCAUUUAACCGCCUCAACUGCGAUCCAAAUGAAUAGGCCGUUAAGCAAAAAGACGUUAAGGGAAGCAACCGAAUUGAUGCCGCCAAGAAGUGAAUUAAUAUUUUCUUAUUUCUGUUUCAUAAUUAUUUUAAAUAGAUGCGAAAAGUAAAUUAAUUUUUUGUAUAUCCCGUUGGCAUUUUAACUAAAAGCAUAGCGAGUUAAUGGAGCUAUCUCCGACUCCAUUAAGUAUAUACAUAUAUUCUUGACCAGUAGAAUAAAAACAAUUAGGCUUUAGUGCAAUAGAAUCGAUGGUGAAAUACUCGCAAUCCAUCGUCGAUAAAAGCAAUCCAAAUAAA